CAUCAGACUUGAGUGUUCAGUCAGUCAGUCAGUCGGCCGGUCGUGUUAUUCACGCUAUCUUCUUUCGGAGGAGCAGGCGCAGAGGUAACAACAACAGGGUAGUUAUGCGGCGGCAGUUGAAGUGCGUCGGCCUGCUGCUCCUGCUGAGCCUCCUGCUGCCCGCGCUCAGCCCCGUCGUCGUCGUCGCCACCGCGCGCAGAGAGCUGCUGCCGCUAAUGGCCACCGGCGACGAAGGGCGGCCGCAAGACGUGAGCAGCUCAGGAACUUGGAUGCCACCGGGAGCCGCGGAGGAGGCGGUCGUCAGGAGGAAGGACGAGGCGAUGAAGACGAACGGCCGUCGUUUUAGAAGAACCAGCAGCUGGAACUGGAAGAAGAUGCCUGCCGCUGCCUCGCAGGUUAGCUUCGGUGGCCGGAUACCCUUCACCGCCGACUACCACUCCGUCCACAGGCACCCGCCCACGCACAACUAGCUGCUAGAAACUUGCCAUGUAAGGUAAGCUAGCAGCAGAGCAGCCUAAGAUUUGCGCCUUUGAGGAGUUCUCCUGUCUUCGUCGCAGCGAAAGAAAAAAGGAAAAAGAAAGGAGAUCUGCUUCUCUGAAUAUCACUCCUCCUACCGAAUAGUUGCACCAGUGUUUAGUUUUUUUAUAUAUAGCCUUUGUUGUGGUUUAGGGUCUUUAGUUCAUUAGUGGUAGUGACAUAUAUACUACGCGUGGAAGCUGCAUUGUUAUGUUACCUUUUUUCUAGGUUUAGCUCUCUAGUGACGAUAUAUAAAUGGGUACGCAAGCUGUACGUAUAUGUUGGGGCCAUUUUGCCUGAACAUGUAGUCAUCAGUGUAAGGUCUCGUCACAGGGAGAGUUGCUGACGGAUCCAUGUUCUCUUCAGCUUCCAUCCUCUGUGUAUGUGUGUACUAACAAGUGGGGUUUAUGAAUUAUGAUGAACAUGGUCGUCAUUUCGAAAUAAUGUUCAA